AUUUCUUAGGUCUCAGACGAUUUUGUUGACAAAAUUAUUUUAUAAUGAGUGAAAGAAAGGAAAACAAAAAUCAUAAAUCUGACGAGGAAGUUCAUGCACGCCUAACUACAAAUACUACUUUUGCAGAUGAGACAUUACUAUUCGAAAAUUUAUAUCCCGAAAGAAGAGGAAAUGUUCGCAAGAGAAACUGGUUGAAGACUGCAUUUGGUUUGGAGGGUAAAGAAAACCUUGAAAAAAUAAAGUGCGAAAGAAACACUUAUUGGUGUUUAAGAAAUAGUCCAUUAGUAAAAAUAUUAUUAGCUGCGCUGAAUUCUUCAGGGUGUAAAUUUGACUUUCGAAGACACAUUUCGUGUGAAACAUGUUAUGGUAAAGUGAGUGGAGGCUACGAUUCAGAACUUAAUCAGGUAGUUAUAUGUCAAAACGUUGCCAAAAGAAAAUCAACCGUACAAGGAGUGUUGACCCAUGAACUAAUUCAUAUGUUUGAUUAUUGUCAGAAUAAAUUAGAUUUACAAGAUAUUAAUCACCUCGCUUGUUCCGAAAUAAGAGCAGCUAAUCUCGCACAUUGUAGCUUUUUAAGUGCAUGGAUCUAUCGAAACGCUUCUCCAUUUAAUAUCAAGAAAAAGCACAAGGAAUGUGUAAGGCAGAAAGCACUUUCAUCUGUAUUAUCUAUUAAAAAUAUAUCUAAAGCAGAAGCCUUGCAAAUAAUAGAUCUUGUAUUCCAAAAAUGCUAUUUUGAUCUAGAACCAAUUGGUAGGCGUUGUCGGAGAAAUUCAAUAGAUAUGAAUCUUGCGUUUCUAGAAGCACCACUUUAUGGCUACGAUUAUUAGAGGAGACGCAUGAAUGCAUAUCAAAUUGUAACUAAAUUUAG